AUGUCCUUCUCCGAUACCUCCAAGGAGAGGGAACGGGGGCUCAAUACCAAUGGUCUUUCAUCCGAGCCCAAAUCCGAGCAGACUCUUCCCAAUCCUGAAGAACAACUGGGCGGUCCGGAGGAGCAGUAUCGCCAGCGCCAUGGAUCCAUCCUUGUGGGCGCAAAAUCACCCGGUGUAGCGCGAAUGGAAGCCAUGUCCGAGGUGAUCACCCGAACGGAUCGAAUCUUUUUGUUUAUCGGGAUAUUCUUGAUCGCUUACGCCUACGGUCUGGACGGUACCACACGCUACACGUACCAGACCACGGCCACCGCUUCUUGGGGGCAGCACUCUCUUCUCGCAACAGUCAACGUGAUCCGAUCCGUCAUCGCAGCGGCCGCUCAACCUACGGCCGCCAAAAUUGCCGAUGUCUUCGGUCGUGUGGAACUUGUUAUGCUCAGUGUUGUUUUCUAUGUCUUAGGUACGAUUAUCGAGGCUGCGGCAACCAACACCUCGACAUUCGUCGGAGGUGCAAUCCUCUACCAGAUUGGAUAUACCGUGGUGAUUUUGUUGGUCGAAGUCAUCAUUGCGGAUAUCACGUCGACACGGGCACGCCUGUUCUUCAGCUAUAUUCCGGCGCUUCCCUUCAUCAUAAACACCUGGGUCAGCGGCAAUAUCACGCAGGCCGUCCUCACGGCAACCACUUGGAAAUGGGGCAUCGGCAUGUGGGCCGUCAUUUAUCCAGUCUGCGCAUUGCCGCUCAUGAUCUCCCUAAUGGUGGUGGCCCGCCGAGCCAAAAAGGCCGGCAUCAUGGACAAGUACAAGUCUCCCUAUCAGCAAUUGGGCGCAAAGCAAUUGACCGUGGAGCUUUUCUGGGCCUUGGACGUGAUCGGCAUUAUAUUGUUGAUUGCCGUCUUUGCGCUCAUCCUCGUGCCCUUCACAAUUGCCGGAGGAUACGGCGAUAACUGGAAGAAAGCUCAUGUGAUCGCUCCAUUGGUCAUUGGAAUCCUCUGCGUUCCAGCAUUCAUUUUCUGGGAGUUGAAGGCUCCAAAGCCCCUUGUUCCCUUUGACUUGUUGAAAGACCGAGCCGUCUGGGGUGCGUUGGGUAUCGCUGGUACCCUGAACUUUGCCUGGUACAUGCAAGGAGAUUACUUGUACACCGUCCUGAUAAUUGCCUUCAACUUCAGCAUUAUGGGGGCGACUAGAAUUCUGUCACUCUACAGCUUUACUUCUGUGGUGGUUGGAUUUUCACUGGGAUUGAUUGUGUACAAGGUUCGACGACUUAAAUGGUUCAUCGUCGCGGGCACGUGCUUAUUCGCGGUGGCGUUCGGUCUACUCAUCCAUUACCGUGGAUCGCCAAACUCAGCAGGACAGUCAGGCGUUAUCGGGGCCCAGGUUCUGCUCGGCUUCGCUGGUGGUAUGUUCCCGUAUCCAGCCCAAGCCUCGAUUCAAGCCGCCACCAAGCACGAGCACGUUGCCGUCAUCACCGGUCUGUAUCUGGCAACGUACAACAUUGGGUCUGCGUUCGGAAACACGGUCUCCGGAGCAAUCUGGACCCAAGUUCUCCCGUCAACCCUCGAUGACCGUCUAGCAGUGUUCGGCAACUCGACGCUGGCCGCUGCCGUCUAUGCAAAUCCCUUCGCCGUGGCCGCGGAGUUCCCUGUUGGUACCCCCGAGCGCGAUGCUAUCAUCGCUUCUUAUCAGCAUGCACAGAGACUAUUGACCAUCACCGGCAUAUGUCUUUGCGUGCCACUGAUCUUUUUCGCCAGCGUCCUCCGCAACCCCAAGCUUACCGAUACUCAGAGUUUGCCAGAGGCGGAGGAGAGGGUUGUUCGAUAA